CACUAACAACUAUUUAAAUGUGUGCAUGUGGUUUAGUAAAGGCAGAGGCAGCAGCUGGAGCUCCAUCCUGCGGACGGUGUGUGUACCUCUGUGUGUUUUAAUGGGUGGAGACUGCCUCCUCCAAAAUAUAACGUUAGUCAGAGAGACAACACAGCUUAUACACCAGCAGCUAUUACAGGCCGUGGAACCUGAAAUUAUUUUUUGCUCACAUAGUUUUAAGUCCCGCACAGUACUCAUUGUAUCAGUUUGAUAACGUUACAAAACAAGAGAGAUGAGUCAGGCGGAGCAGGUGCCUGAGGACAUGCCUGCAUACCUCAAUGAUGAGCCAGUAGCUACAGAUGACAACAUCAAGGACCAUCCACAGACGCAGCCGGGCAUGUUCGGCAGGUUGGCAGGGGGCUUGUACGGUGCCACCAAGGGAGCUGUAGGAGCGACGGUGGGCGGUGUGACCUGGAUAGGAGGAAAGAGUCUGGACCUCACCAAAAGCACCGUCUACUCUGUAGCCGCUCUGCCUGCGAUGGGAGUGGGGCUGGUUAAAGGAGGAGUUUGUGCUGUAGCUGGAGGAGUGACUGCUGUCGGUUCUGCAGUGGUCAGCAAAGUUCCCAUAGGAGGAGGCAAAAAGAAGGACAAGUCUGACUGACGGGAAGAGGAGAAGAGUGAACGCACACAGCUGAGGUGUUAUGGCUCGCACUGUGCUGUUGCCUGUGUUAGCAAUCAUGAGCAACAGAGGACUCAAAAGUUUAGUGUACACAUUUUGGUGAGGGGUCUUUGUUUUUGUAUCAUUUUUUUUUUUUUUUUUUUUUUAAAUGUGAUCGUUGGUAAACCCACCUUCAUAUAGUUUUUUGUGGCUAGGACCCACAAAGCAAGAACUAACAAAGACUAUCCUGCUCUGUUGUUAAAUGAAACACACUAUUAUCACCAGUGCCUGAAAUUGCUCAAAUAAAAUGUCCAUAUUUCAUAUUUGAUAAUAAGCGACAACACUGCAUUCACUGCAAACUGUUGUGUUCGCCACAUAAGUUAACUUCAGUACCAGAGGAGAAAAGCUCAGAGUGUAAAUGCACUUAAAUUUCACUUGCAGGACAAUCAUUGUUCAAUGAUGAUCUGUAACUAGCAAGGAGGUGUUUCACUGUCAACUGACGAACACGUGGAUCAGAAAAUGUGUAUAGGGUGACUAAAUCACCUUUCUGUUCAGUUCACUUUGUUCAGCCUGCACAAAUGAACAAAUACGUCUGAUCAAAGAGUACAGUCGAGGUUAAUAUCGAAACCACCUGCUGGCUGUAACUGAAUAUUCCUCUGAGGAGUUUUUGUAACUUUCAAUUUUCUUCUGAAUUCACAUUGCCCUCUGGUGGUUAUAUUCUCACUGGAGUGGAAGGUGACUCGUACUUUUGAUACAUAAUCUAAAUCAUUACAAUAAAUAUAAAAUAUAAAAGUCAGAGUAUUUUGAUUGCAAUUCCUUUUAUUUCCAGCUGUAGUGUUAAUUGAUUCUCUAUGACUAUCAAUAAAUAACAUUUUAUACAUGACCUCUUUUGACUAUCUAUAUACGUAUUUUGAUAGUUACUGUUGGUUGAUUUCACUCCAUACAUAUAUAUAUAUAUAAUCAAAGUAUGUCAACAUUUCUAGUUUGGACACAUGCACUUCGUGAUGGCAUAGUUUCUCCCACUGUAUCAAAGAAUUAGUUUUCAUCCUGAACAUUUCUCUAAUACUCCUCCAUAUUGCUUAGCGUCACUGUGUGUACUGUUGUAGGGAUCUGAUGGCUGUGUUUCUCGACGUUACAUUCAAUAUGAUACACAGAAUUUUUAGUGUUAACUACAUUUUUAAGCUGACAAACCCGUAGUAGUAAAUUUAAUUAAAAAAGUUGUUUUUUGUAAAAUUUAACUUGAAAAUGCAAUUUUAGUCUUGUAUGAUGCAAAACAAAGCUUUUAAAGCUUCUGUUUGAUCCGUGUUGCAGAAUGUUUUGAAGUGAAAAUGAGAAUUUAUUGAAACAUGGCAAUAUUAUAUUGUUUAAAUAAAACAUAUGCUGAAGGUUG